AUGGGGCAAAAACCUAUUGGCACUAUGGCAUGCUGCUCCUCAGCACUUUCCCCUUCUUACACAGGUAAUGGUAACUCUCCACGCCAUGAGGGUUUUUGGAACAAGGAUGGGUCGGGUGAUCCGGGUAGUCCUGAGGCUAUAGAGUCUCUACGUAGACAGACUGGACUAUCUGAAGAUGGAGUUCGUUCCCCACCACCACCUCCACUGAUCCUGUAUGCGUCAGAGUUAGGGAUCCUCCCCAUGGAUAUUCCCCAAAGAGAGAUCAAUUUACAGGAAACCCUUGCAACUUUGGGUGCUCAUUCUGUCUUACAAGUGGAAGGCAUAACUCCUAAACCCUUGGCUACUUCCAGGGAUAUUAUGGGCCCAGCUCUAUUUGACCUUUUUGAUCUCAUGCCCAUUAUCCAGCUUGUUGAGGGUCUACAGAAAAAGAAGGCUCGUCGUACACCCAAAAAAAGGGAGAAGGCAAGGAGUGUGCCCGUCAAAAAUAGUGUGAAACGUAAGCCUCCUGAGGAUGUGGCUACAGGUGGUGAUGUAAUGGUUCGUGGUAUGGAUUCAAAUGGUAGUAAAAGAUUUUGUAGUGGCACCUGUUUUGAUAAAGCCAAGGAGACCGGCAUUGUGGUGUCUCCUGGGGGCCCACCUUAG